AUGGGCGACAUCACCCCCCGGAAGAGCCCUUUGGCCAACGACGUCCUUCUCGUGUUCCUCUCGUCGCCUCGCAACGAGGAGUGGGUGAACAGAGUUGAGUCACGGUUUCCGGGGCUCGAGGUGCGAUGGGCCAACAAUCAUCUGCCGGACGGCCGCUUUUUGCUGCCCGACGAGCUUCCGGACGAAGUGUGGGAUGGCGUCACGAUGCUCAUUAGUUUCAACGCGCCGUCGCCAAGCCGCUUAUCUAAGGUCAGAUUCGUGCAGUUGACGUCCGCGGGCGCGGACAAAUGGCGGGAUCACGAUAUUUACAAAAGCCCGGACGUACCUUUCUGCACGACGAACGGCUGUCAUCCGCCUCAAAUCGCCGAAUGGGUGAUUGGAAGUUGGCUGGCUAGCCAGCAUCAUUUCCUGCGGUACGCCGAGAAUCAAAAGCAGGGUUUCUGGGAAGGCCCGAUGGCCGUCGAUUUUGAGGACUCUGUCGGUCUUCGCAUGGGAAUCCUUGGCUACGGCGCCAUUGGUCGACAGUGCGGAAAGAUUGCCAAGGCCAUGGGAAUGGAAGUCUACGCCUACACACGGAGCGAAAAGUCAACACCCGAAUCUCGUAAAGAUGACAGUUACGUCGUGCCUGGCACCGGUGACCCAGACGGUCUGGUUCCUUCAAAAUGGUUCCACGGCGCUUCCCAGGAAGCUGUCAACAACUUCCUUGCCCAGGAUUUGGACCUCUUGGUUAUUGGCAUGCCGUUGACAACUGAAACGAAGGGUCUCAUUGGAAAGGAGCAAUUCGAAAUCCUGUCAAAGAAAAAGACGUUUGUUUCCAACAUCGCCAGAGGCCCUCUGAUUCAGACAGAUCCUCUUAUCGAAGCUCUGGAGACUGGCAAGAUUCGAGCUGCCGCUUUGGACGUCACAGAUCCCGAGCCUUUACCAAAGGACCACCCGCUUUGGAAAGCUCCGAAUGUUUUCAUCACUCCUCACGUCAGCUGGAGGACCAAUGGCUAUUGGGAAAGGGUCUUGGGUGUCCUGGAAACGAACUUGGAGAGAAUGCAUGCUGGUAAACCGCUUAUUAACGUUGUUAACAAGAGUCUCCACUACUAA